AUGCCGAAGAAGAAAAAGCAAAAGACAAAACACUCGACCGCAGGAGAGCUCAGCCAAGCCGAGAUAUGGGACGAUUCAGCGCUGAUUCGGUCUUGGAACGAUGCUGUCGCAGAGUACGAGUAUUACCACAGCAUCCACGCACGCGGCGAAGACGUGGAAGAGGUUCUACGUAAGGCCGAGAUGGGCGAAUUUGACGACGAGGACGAAAAUGGCGACGCCGCCGUCGACUCUGGAAGGCAGGCAUCCGGGGAGUGGCGACCGGUUCAUCCAGAAGCACCGGCCAAAGCUGCAGCCGCCGGCGAGAAUGAAAACACCGAUGCUGUUACUGAUGUCGGGGCUGAGAGUGAUGCGGUGAAUGGCGUGGUUGGCGCGAGCUCGCAUCACGGCCACGGUGCCCACGAAGGAGAUCAGCACAGUCUCGAGCAGAAACGCAAGGAGGCCAUGGACCAAUGUACGUUUCUCCUUUGUGCCAGUUGUGAGAUGGUGGCAUUUGACUGA